GGUGCGGAGAGAGAGAAACAGAAAGAGAGAGAGAGAGGGAAAGCUGCUAUUAGUUGUGACAGAAAGCGGCGUCAAGCACAUACCGUCUGAGGAGCAGCUGCUGCGACAAGAUGCUGAGCGUCGCCGUGCUGUGUGUGUGCGCCGUCGCCUUCGGGCACGUCUCCGCUCGCUCGGACAGCGGCAAUUUUCUGGACGAUAAGUGGCUCACCGGAAGAUGGGAUAAAUUCAGAGAUGAAGUUGAGGAGCCUGGAACAUGGACUCCAUCCAAGCCCUUCGAUCAAGCUCUUGAUCCAGCCAAAGACCCCUGCCUGAAGAUCAAAUGCAGUCGUCACAAGGUGUGUGUAGCUGAGGAUUACAAGACUGCCUCAUGUGUCAGCCAGAAGAGAGUUAGUUUUAAAGAUGCCAAUUUGCACCCGAGCGCCGGGUCGAAGUGCAAGCCGUGUCCUGUGGUUCACCCCUCGCCUGUUUGUGGAAGUGAUGGCCACACCUACUCCACGAAGUGUAAGCUAGACUACCAGGCAUGCAUCACCGGAAAGAAGAUUUCCGUAAAGUGUCCCGGCAUGUGUCCUUGUCCCCCUCAGCCUGAGCAGGGCUCUGCAGAGAAGAAAGUGUGCAGUGAAUCAGAUCUGAAGGAGGUGGUGAGUCGCCUGAGAGAUUGGUUCAGAGUGCUGCACGAGAACGGAAACCACCAGAGAGUCAAGAUCCAAAAACCGGAGAAGAACAAGUUCGACGUUGGGACGUCACCGAUCUGUAAGGACCCUCUGGGUUGGAUGUUCUCCCGACUGGACACAAACUUUGACCUCCAGCUUGACCAGUCAGAGAUCAAGAGCCUGUAUCUGGACAGGAACGAGCCGUGCUCUGACGCGUUCUUCAAGUCAUGCGAUACGCAUCCCGACAAGGUCAUAACCAGCUCUGAGUGGUGCACGGGCUUCCAGAGGUACACAGAUUCCCCGUGUAAAGCAGAGCUUUCUAGCAUCAGCAAAAAACAAGCUGGGAAGAAGUUACUUGGUCAGUAUCUGCCUUCCUGUGACGAGGAGGGUUACUACAGGCCACACCAAUGUCACAGCAGCAGCGGCCAGUGUUGGUGUGUGGAUCGCUUUGGCAACGAAGUGGCAAGCUCACGCACUCACGGUCCUGCAGACUGUGGUGUAAUCCUGGAGUCUUCAGGGGACCUCGGCAGCGGCGACUCCCUCUUCACCGACGACGACGAAGAUUCAUUCGUCCUUAACGACCAGGCAGGUAUGGAUGAUGAGGACGAUGAAGAUGAGGACGAUGACGAUGAUGAAAACGAUGAAUAUUUGUCAUAAUUAUAUAUAUUAUAUAAAAUGACAGAACAAAAAAAAAAUGAAAUUACUGUAUGUUUGGUCAAAUUGCACGUUUCUAGGUGAAUCCUCCCCUCCCCACCCAGGCAGAUAAUUCAUCAUACUAACAGCCUACAGACUAUUCUCUGUGUAUUGUUUCUCUAUCGGUUGAAAGGAAAGAAAAAAAAAAGCUAUAUUUUAGAAAACGGUUUCAGAUUUUUCCCUCCUGUUUAACUAGAAGAUAUACGUGUACACUUGUAUUUCAACCAAGCAGAGAAUAUAACUAUCUGACAAACUGGUCCAUUCGCUUGGAUUUGGUCACUUGUGCAAAGACCUUUCCUUACAGUGGACAGUCCAUGUCUUUCAGUGUCUCGUGUCCUUGUGGAACACUCCGAUGCCUGAGUGUGUUGAUGCCUGAAGGCACAUUGUUAAAGAGAUUUCCUUUUUCCCUCAUUCCUCCGUCUUCUUCACUUCAUCCGUCCGCUCUUUUUAUCCUUAUCAAAUGUUCCCGUUUAUAGGUGGGACGUCGAUGAUGUAGAUAAGAGAAUAUUGCACUUGUUAGGUUUCUUUUGAUCUCGUUUCUUUUUCUUUUUUUUUUUUUUAACUGUGACGAUAACUUUGUGGUAAAAACAAGAUAAGGGUUAGACAUGCUGCAGCAGAUGAAUUAACGUAUACAACAACAAAACAAACAAUCAUAACAACAACAACAACAAAAAAACAAUCAGAAAUAUGAGCUGCUGUCGGACGCAGAUCUAGUCGAAUCAUCACGGGCUCAGAAAGGAUAAAACAAAUUUACUGUUUGGCCUCAUGUUUUUUUUUUUUUUUUUUUGCUGCAGAGGGGUAUUAUUGUUAUCUAUUUUUCUAAUCCGUCGUAGGCCGAAUACUGGAGAUGAAACAGAUUUGUCUCAGCAUGUCUAAUACUGCGUAAUGUUGUUUCCGUCUGUAGAGGCAGAGGCCAAACCUUUGAGGAACUCAAAAUGAAAAAGAACAAGAAAAAAAAAA